GCAGCGCGGAUAGCGAGAGGCUGGCGAUUGCCAGGCAGCGAAUCCCCUACCGGCUCGGUCGGGUAGUCGAUGAGUGGCUACUCGACAAAGGCCGACAGCUCACCAUCUUCAACAGCCAGGCAGCCGUUCGGGUUGGGGGCCGUGAUCGGGGUCGGCCGUUCCAAGGUCAGCUUUCGGGUUUGUACUACAACGGCUUGAAGGUGUUGGCGUUGGCGGCCGAAGGGCACCCAAGGGUGCGAGCUGAAGGUGAUCUUCGUUUGGUGGGGGAUCCACCACCCCCCCCCGCCGCCCCACCCGGCCCGGCUACCGCCGCCCCCCCAGAUAUGGCCACUACUAUUAUGGAGACCACCACCACUAUGGCCACCACCACCACUCGCCGGGGGCGGUCGCCCACCUUGCGGGACACCGUGGCGCAGAACACGGACGACCUCCUGGUGGCUUCGGCCGAGUGCCCGAGUGAUGAUGAGGACCUGGAGGAGUGUGAGCCCGGCACAGGCGGUGAGCUCGUCCUGGCUGCUGCCCCGCUCUCCCCGUCCCCGUCCUCCCCGUCCCCCCGCGCCGCCCCCCCGGGCUGCGGUCCCGAUUGCGAGGAACCGUCGGGUUUCGCCUCGGGGGAGGCGGCGGAUGCCAACGCCCCUCCGGCGGACGAUGAGGAUUUCGUUUCUCGACCCCGCGGCGGCGGUGGCGACGAUGAGGACGACCGGCUUGCCGUCACCCGGCACCGCGACCUCGUCACCCCGCCGGGUGUCACCGCCGUUGCCGUCACAGCCGCCGGUCCGCUACCCGGUUUGGUACCGGCCGGCGAAAGGCAUCCGAGGGAGGGCGGGUUGGGUCGAGGAAGGGCGACGGUCGUCCCCGUCACCCCCCGUCCCGCUGUCCCUACAGCCGCCGCCGCUCCCGGUGCCGUGGAGGUGGUGCGCGAAGCCGGCGGGACCACCGGGAUGGUGGUGGGCAUCGUGGCGGCGGCCGCCCUCUGCAUCCUCAUCCUCCUCUACGCCAUGUACAAGUAUCGCAACAGGGACGAAGGUUCCUACCAGGUGGACCAGAGCCGGCAUUACAUCGGAACCGCCGGAUCCGCGGCUCCCGACAACGCCGAUAACGUCGCCUCCGUCCCCGCUUCGGUCGCGGGGACCCCCAAGGAGAAAUCGGUCGGGAAUCCCCCGAAAGCGGCCGGCAAAUCGCGGCGCAACAAGGACAAGGAAUAUUACGUGUGACGGGCGGCCGGCGCUGCCCCCCACCCC